AGGAUCUCAUGGUGAACAUCGCCCAGUGGCGUCAAGCUCUUGGUCGACAGCCGACAGGUGAGCUGUUCUUCGCCUGCGCACACUUCCCGGAUCCCUGGCAACGCUACCGACGGGAGGUGGACUCCACGUCAGCGGACGGCGAAAGCUCCGAAGGCUCCGAAGGCUCCCAGGACCAGCUUGAGGAGGAGGAGGAGGGCUUGGAAGCACCAGCUGAGUUCUGCCCAGGAAGAGGAGCAGAAGGUCUCACAUGCUUCGAGCAACUCAUGCUGUUGAAGGUCCUUCAACCUGAGAGUGUGAUUCACGCCAUCCAUGGAUUUGUGGCCGAGGUUUUGGAUACAUCCCUACUUGAAAUCCAACCGCAACCCAUUUUGAAGGCGAUGGAGGAGCUGCAAGAGAAGGAUGGCAAGUUCCGAGCACUGCUGGUGUGCUGCGAUGACAGUCGAAGCCAGUGCCCGUCCAUCAACGAAGAGUUGAAGGUCCUGGUGGAACAGCGCAGAGCCACCAAAGACUGCAGGCGUGCGCAUGUGUCGCGCUGCUCGCCCCUGCAGGACAUUCAGCACGUUAGGGAGGCGGCGCUGGAGGGUGCCUUCGUGCUCAUCACUGAGCUGCAACUGGCCUCUAAGGACUUUCUGGCCGACUUAGAGAUGCUGAUGGAGGAGCUGUGCUUGGGCGCGACAAAAGAAGGCGCAGCUGCGCAUAGAGGCGCUGUUUUGGGACCGCAGGGUGAAUCCGCCACCUUGGGGCAUUCGCAUCAUGGGCCCGGCAUGUUUCGCCUGGUCCUGUGCACCACCAGCGGGCUGAUGCCCCCACUGGGCGUGGUGGAGAUGUGUCAAAAGGUGGCCAUGUUUCCCCCCAUCGGCGUCAAGGGUCGUCUGCGACAGCUGGCGAUGGGCAGCAACGCAUGGGAACGGUUGAAGGUGGAGGAACCGGAGGAUCUGACACCAUGGUACCAGACACUGUUCUCACUGUGUUUAUUCCACGCUGUAUUGGGUGAGCGCUACCACCGCUAUCAAUGCUGCUUUCAAAGCACGGCCUAUGACAUUGCAGCCCACUGGUCCUUCAAGUGUGCUGUGCAAUUCUUCGCCCAGGAGACCCAUUCACAGGAGCUGAUUUCCCAUCCUCCCUGGGAAGCUAUGAUGCAUUGGAUUCGGACCAAGACGCAUGGCGGACAUCUGGGUGACCCUUGGCACCGGCAGCGGCUCUUCGCCUUGAUCGAACGCUUCCUGGGGCCGUCUUCCGAGAGCCUCAGAAACGCCUUGAGAGACGAAUGCUUCGAGGACGACGAGGAGAUGUCUGAGCUGCAGCUCCAACGCGCGAGAAGUUUACGUCAGUACCUGGACUUUCACUUGCCGCAUGAUGAGAGCCACCCGUUGCUGGGAAAGGAGGCAGCUGCGCGUUGUGUGGAGGCAUUACCGCCUGCACCGGCGGAGCUCUUUGGACUCCAUGCGCGAGAGGUGUUGGAGCGCAUUGAAGAGGAGGAAGACGUCCAGGACCGGCCUGCCACGGGCUUGUACUGUGUGGGCAUCUUUCUCUACGGCGCUGGCUGGGAUCGCAGGAAGUCUAUCAUGGCUGACUGCCGUCCCGAUGAGUUGUUCUAUCGCAUGCCUGUGAUUCACUUCAUCCCCACUGCGGAUUUCAAGCCGAACCUGGAGAAGACCUAUGCUGUUCCUUUCUAUCAGGCGGAGCGUCAAAGCCACAUGACCACAGACGGCGAAGACGGCAACUAUAUCACAGAGGUUCUGCUGCGAUCGCACAAGAGUCCCAAGCAGUGGCUUCUCCGAAGCGUGGCCCUCUACUGCGAGUUAAUGCUGUAAGCGUCGCCUGGCCUCCCAGAUCCGUGCGGCAUGGAGGCCACAGUGCCGGCGAUGGCAUCGCACGGUAUACAGAGCCUCGAGAGCCGAGCCUCUACAUGCUCCAACCUGCUGACCGUCGACCCUGCGCCCAUGGAUCUCGCGUACCCGUCAGCCGGAAGCUCACCAAAUGUGGACCCGCAAAGGUGGCCCCCUGAUUGGGGAAGAUGUCAAAACUCGACAUCAAAUAGAAGAUCAUUUGGUUGUCGAUGGGAUAGUAUGAAUAGAGAGCAUGGUUCUCCAUGUCACAUUUAUCGUAAGCUGUCAAACUUCAGAGUUGGUAAAAAAUAACAGUCCCGAAGUUUGAGAAGGCAUCCAGCCGUGCGCGAAACCGCGCCAGCGGCGCCAGCCCGCGCUUUUUUGCGUGGUAAAA